AAUUACCUAACGGAAUAAAUUCAGCGAAGAAGAGAAAAUAUUUUUUUCCACUGGCGACGGCGACGCUCUGCAUUUUUUCGGCUCGGGAAAGUCUCGCUCUCUUUCCUCACGCAGCUAAUCAUCUUAAAACAUUUUCAACCGAGUUUUUAUAUCACUGUGUUAAUUUGAGCUAGUUAAAAAUAAAAAAUAAAAAGCUCGUAAUUGUGCUUGAGAACCUCGCUUGGCUGAGCUACUCGGCUAACGACGGUGGUCUCUUGCAAUGCCUCGGACGCAGGCUCGAGAUCCUGCUCUCUCACAGGUUGAAGAUGCACAGCAACAGACGUGUACAAGUGGAGAAACGUCAAACUCUGAGGGACAAGGAAACCCCACGGAUGAGCAGAACGAACUUCUCGACGAGGAGUUUGGAUCUGACGAGUCCGGAUACUGCUUGAAGGAAGAGAACCUGGAGGAGCUAAACAGCGACGAUCAGGGAAACGAUCUCGACAGACUGAAUAUCAUCUGCAUCAAGGAGGAAGAUCCUGAAGAUGACGACUACCUGUACUGCGAGGUUUGCAAGUGCUUUUUCGUCAACAAGUGCGAGGUUCACGGUCCUGCUCUUUUCAUUCCUGACGCUCCUGUCCCCAUGGGGGUCGCUGACCGUGCCAGACGAACCCUUCCUCCUGGUCUAGAGAUUCAGAAGUCUGAUGUUCCUGAUGCAGGUCUGGGAGUGUUUAAUAAGGGAGAGACUGUUCCAGUCGGCGCACAUUUCGGUCCCUACCAGGGGGAUCCGGUAGACAGAGAGGAAGCAAUGAACAGUGGUUAUUCAUGGGUGCUAUACAAGGACAGGCAGCGUGAGGAAUACAUAGAUGCUACGAAUGAGGUCCAUGCUAAUUGGAUGAGGUAUGUGAAUUGUGCUUGUGCGGACGAAGAUCAGAAUCUCAUGGCAUUUCAGUAUCAAGGAGGAAUUUUCUAUCGUUGCUGUCGACCCAUCAAACCAGGACAGGAGCUACUAGUGGGCUACCAAGAGGAAUACGUCAAAGAUCUCAGUCCUGCGUUCGAAUACCUCUGGAACAAAAAGUGUUCCGCAAAUGAGGUGAAUGGCAUCCUGUCGCACCCCUUCUCCUGCUCCUUGUGUGCACUUUCCUAUACAGCUUUAUUUCACUUCCACAAACACAUCAAGAGAUGCCACUAUGAUGAGUAUGGGAGACUGAUGAAUUCAGGGGCAUUUGCAUAUGAGAUAUUAAAUCUGAUGCCUACCAACAGCUCCAGUAGUCAUCAAGUUGGAGCUGACUCCUCCAGUACUUUGUGCAUUACAGCCUCUAACAGUAAAAUGCAAAUUGAAACUUACCACUGCUCAGAAUGCGGAGAGAGUUUUAUUCAUCAAAGUGAUCUUAAAAUACACCAGCUCAUUCACGCAGGAAAGAAGAUAAAGUUGUAUCAGUGCUCAUACUGCGGGAAGAGUUUUACUCAAGCAAGUUAUCUGAGACGACACCAGCGUAUGCACACAGGAGAGAGGCCGUAUCACUGCUCACACUGUGGGAAGAGUUUUGCUCAACAGGGUAAUUUCCGAACACACCUUCGCAUUCACACAGGAGAGAAGCCGUAUCAGUGCUCACAGUGUGGUAGGGGUUUUACCCGCCAAAACGCUCUCCAGCUCCACCAGCGCAUUCACACUGGAGAGAGACCGUAUCAGUGCUCAGAGUGUGGAAAAACUUUCAUUCAAAAGAUUAAUCUCCAAAUACACCAGCGCAUUCACACCGGAGAGAAGCCGUAUCACUGCUCAGAGUGUGGAAGGGGUUUUACUCACCCAACGUCUCUCCAGGACCACCAGCGCAUUCACACAGGAGAGAAGCCAUAUCAGUGUUCACAGUGUGGGAAGAGGUUUUCACAACAAAGUACUCUCCACAUACACCAGCACGUUCACACACGAGAUAAGCCGUAUAAAUGUACACAAUGUAAGAAGAGUUUCACUCACCAGAGUCUUCUCCAACAACAUCUCAGCUUUCACACAGGGGAAAAGCUGUAUCACUGCUCACAGUGUGGCAAGAGUUUUGCUUACCAGCGUACUUUCCGACGACACCAGCGUGUUCACACCGGACAGAAGCCGUAUUGCUGCUCACAGUGUGGGAAGAGUUUUACUGAAAUGGGAAAUUUUCAAAAACACCAGCGCAUUCACACUGGAGAAAAGCCGUAUCAGUGCUCAGAGUGCGGAAAGAGGUUUGCUCAGCUGGGAGGUUUCCAAAGACAUCAGCGCAUUCACACAGGAGAGAAGCCAUAUAAAUGCUCAGAAUGUGGGAUGAGUUUUGCUUAUCAGAGUACCUUGCAACGACAUCAGAGCGUUCACACAGGAGAGAAGCUGUAUUCCUGUUCGCAGUGCGGGAAGAGUUUUAAUUAUCUAGAAGGUUUUCAGAUUCAUCAGCGCAUUCACACAGGAGAGAAGCCGUAUCACUGCCCGCAGUGUGGGAAGAGUUUUACUUGCAAGUCUAACCUCCGUCAACACCAGCGCAUUCACACAGGAGAGAAGCCCUAUCAAUGCUCACAGUGUGGAAAAAGUUUUACUUGCAGGUCUAACCUCCGACAACACCAGCGCAUUCACACAAAAGGGGAAAGCCACACACAAAAUGCAACAACUUAGUAUAUUACAGAAAAAAAAAAAGAAUCCUGAUUACUGAUUUCAGAUGACCUUGCUCCAUAGUCAGGUAGCAUGGUGCCAUACCAUGUAGUGUUGGUGCCUCAGCUUCAGGGUCAGAGUAAUGUAGAGUUUCAUGUGUUCUCUCUGUCCUCCCACCUAGACAUGCCAGUAGAUACUCUAAAUUGCCCUAGAUGUGAAUAUGUAAGAGCAUGUGAUGCCCUGUGUUGGAUUGGUGUCACAUUUAUGGUGUAUUUCCAUCUUGAACCAUGUGACUAGGCCCCUGUUCCGGAUAAAGCUGUUAAUGACGAAUAAGAUGAAACGAAAAUGUUUUGCAUGUUAUGUAGCAAAUGUUAUUGUAUUCUUGUUGAACGCAUGAACUGAAUGGUAUAUUGCAUUCAUCUGUUAUUUGUUUUGAAACUAAAAUAGUGGCUUAAAUUGUGUGCUGUGAUAAAACCUAUACAGAACAUUUUGAAUCGAAAAUCAUGUUUCAUGAAAUGGUAGUUCUACCUUUAAACCAUUUUUGUCUUUUGUCCCUUUAUUUUAAUACUAAUAUGAACAGCAUUAUAUAUAUAAUGUAUAUUAUUUAAAUAAAAAAAGGCACCAGAAUCUAGAGUCAGCCUUAACUUGGAACGUAACACACAUCAGUAUUUCUUUUCCAUUUUUUUCCCACUAAAAUUGUAUUUCUAUAGUACUAUCAGCAUUAGACACUGGGCAUGGGAAUAGAAGCUCUGGGAUGCAGCAGUUUUAGUAGGUACGUUUCCAUGGGGUUCAGGUACAAUUUUACAAUUGGAUCAGCUGGUACAGUCUAGAGAGUCAGAGGAACCACAGCAGGAAAAAUUGUCAGGAUAUGGUAUUAAAUUGGGCAGCCAGAGUGCAAACACAACUAAGCAUGAGGUCGACUUCACAACUGUACAUUGUCAUCCUGCCAACCCACCAUCAACCAGCCCAAGUGUGUGAGAGGGAAGCCAGUAGCAUCAAACAGGAGCCAUCUGUGUGCUGGAACAAUGAUACCAUUGCAUAGGUUUGGGGACAGGAACCAGUGCUAAGGUUUCACAGCUUUAAACCACGUCUGUCAUCCAACAUACACCAUAAAGGGAAUCUGUUUUUCAGGACUAUAUUGACUAAAUUCCCUUUGCUUUAAAACUUCUUAAUAGCAUUUUAAACACCCUCUUACCAGUCCCUGCCCUUGAGAAGUUUGCUUUGUGAGAAUGAGUGAGGUGGGGUGGGGAAGUUCAAAUGCUUCUCCAAAAGGUAGUCAGCCUUGUAGGCCUUGUAUGUCCCUUGUAGGCCUUGAAAGACAAAACCGAGUGUGCUUUCUUGAAGGCUCUACAUGAGUGGUCCUGUUUUCUUAAUGAUUAGGACCCGGCACCCUUCUACCAACAAGAUAUCAUCUGUAGGAUUUAUUUGCACACAACAGGCAGGUCAGAUGCACUGUUCCAACAUGAGCAGCGGCAUAUACAACAUAACUGCAAUCUACAUGUUUUGCAGAAUUAUAUUUUUUUAUCUGAGUGUGGGUUUACACACUUGGACUCACAUAUGGAGCAUACCUGGCUACAGCACUUCAUCUGCUGAGACAGUCAGUGAUGCACGACAAGCGUUUGUAGCAGGCAUGUGACACAGUGUCACAUGGCUGAACUAGGACCUGCCUGAAUCUCAAACGAAAGCUGUCAAGUACUUGGACUGUGGCAAAGCACACCCUGCUGUCACAGGAAAGCUUGCUGCUUUCACAGAUAGCUUAGAGUUUGACAUUGGUGCAUGUGAGCUGGCAGGGGCAGAACUAGACCCCUCCUCAGACACUGCUGAAAGGUCAUUAUCAGCCUGCAAGAACUUCCUCAAUCAGCAGUAAAUGUCUGUCCACAUCAUCUGAAUGCAAAAGUGCAGCUCAUGUGCUUUCGUAAUUUCUAGGUUUGGUCUACUGGAAGUGGAAAAGGCAGAAACCUGUUGAAGGUCAAUUGUUACGAGAGCUCUCAGGCUUAAAUUGUAUGCUGGAGGUUUCUUGAAUUCCAAAUAUCCAGCACCAGACGCAGUAUUUGUGUCAUCACUGAAGGUGCUGAGUGCUAAGCUAUUAAGUGCUAUGCUUGACUAGAUCAAGAGCCCCUCAGUCUCUGGGUCUGUGUGGCCAACAUACUUCUUUCUCAUCCAUUUCCAGUUAUCACUGUGGUUUGGGUGCCUCCUAAAAGCAGGGGUUUUAGGCACUGCAGUUUUCUGUCAGUGCCACAGCCUGUCUAUGAUUACAUGAUUUUGUGUAUCAUCCUGCUAGGGUGGUUUGAGGGCCUUUACAGUAUUUAAAUAUGACCCUCUUACAGAAGUAAGUCAUAAAAUUCCUUUAUCCUGUUGUCUAUUGUGUAAAGAAACUGCCAGAUUAAGUUAUUAAAAAUGUGAUCCCUUCACAUUCUCAACAAUAAGACAUGCAGUCCACAAGAGUAUGAAAGGAGAGAUGAAAUGCAGGAUGAAUACUAAUGUACUAUAAGACUUCAUUCUGUGGUCAAAAAGCACUCACAAGCCCUCAGUGGAUAAAGUUCAGCUGUGUUUGUGUCCCAUGACCUACAAUGAACAGUAUUAUGCUUUGGGCCAGCAAAAUCUAUCUAGACUUUUAGCUGAGAAUAAGUAUAAGUAAUUAGUAUAGUGCCACAUAGCUCUUUUAUGUAGCUGCAUCAUUUGGGUAAUGACUGUGAAUAAGAAUAACUUUUCUCUGUUAUUUUAAUAAAUAAAAGUGUGUAUGAAUGUAUUCACUGUGCAUUAAAGCUAAAUGAUUGGCUUUAUAUUGUAAAUCAGCUUCCGAUGAGUGCUAUCUGGGUAUGAAAGAGAAUUGAAAAAACAUGGGGAGAUAUCACAAUGAUUGCGCUUUAACUGGCAGAUUGGUGAGAAGCCUUUUUUAAUUUUUAUAAAUAAUCUCAAUCUUUCAAGCUUUUUUUUUUGUUGUUGUUUAAAAUGAAUAACCAAUAAUGAUUAAAAAGAGUUCUAAUUCACACAUCAUUUAUACAUUAAGCUUAUAUAAUAUUGCUAAUUAUUGAGAAAUAAUACAAUGCACAUGUAAUGCAAAAGAAAUCUGCCCAGACAGUGAGUUAAUACAUACACCAGAGACCAUGGACCAUGAUUAUGUGCAUGUUUUGUUAGUAAAACAAUAGCAAGGUAUGGUGGGAAACAUUCAGCUAAGACACAUGACUGAUUAGUCAUUUUCUAAAACAUGCUUUUUAUCAUAUCUCUCUUCUUAAUGCUUUCAUUUUAAACAAAAUGCUUUAAACUUGGGGGAAACAAUUAAUAUUUAAUAUUUCAUACUUUCUUCAGUCACUUCCAGCCCCACCCAAGAACACAAUUAUCCUUGAAAAAUGUAUUUCUAGAUAAGCAGAUGUAGUAUAUUAAGUGUUUUCAAUAUUCUAAGGAUUACUGCUUGUGCAAAGCAUAUGAAUAAAUUAAUCUAGGCUCCUCAACAGCUAAUAAGUUCAAUUACUUUCGAGAGCCUCAGCGAGGUGUGUAGCUCUGUCUCUCCUUCAUUUCUUCAAGCAGCUGUGGCAUUAAUCUGGAGGAGGCACAAGAAUACACAUGAAAAUAAUUGACUACUGUUUGUAUUAGAAUGUCAGAACCGAAUCGAGUGUAGCAAGCGCAGUUUGUUCUCGCAAAUGAAAACAACUAACAUGCCCUGAAGCAGGAAACAAUUGUGAGACGUCGAAGUCAACAUCCGAAAGGGAUUCCACCCACCUGAUAAAUAUAUGCUUUUAAUUAUUAAUCUUCAAUCUCCUACUCACUAAAUAUAGCAAAAAAAAAAAAAAAAAUCAUUGUGUUUUGAUACUUAUAUAUAGUGCUAUUAUUUAUUUCAAGGUCAUUUUACAAAGCAAACAACUACAGAAAAGUCUGCAUUAUACAUGCUGUUUCAUGUUUAGUCCUCUGGGUGACAGUGUCGUCUCAAACCAGAGCUUGAAAUGCCAAAUUCAGUCCUGACUCAAAUCAGUGUCUUAGUAAUAGUAUUUUUUACCUAAAAGUGCAAAAAAUUAAAAAUGGAUUAUUACUUCUAAGAACUCGCAGCACCUUAGUAUAAUGCGUAGUGACACCAAUUAUGUACUGAGAAAUAAAGUAGUUUGAGCUAAGAUUAUUAUUUUACUACCUGUGAUGUCAUUCUGUCUAUUUUUAUAGAUAACAGUGUGUCAGAAACGCACA